AUGUAUCUUCUAAUUGGUUUUAUAAUUCUUCUUUGUAUCUCCUAUAUUUUAUAUCGACAUUUUUUUCCAACACCAAACAUCGAUCCAAAUGAUAAAUAUGUACGUAUUAGUGGUUGUGAUACAGGAUUUGGUAAUGGAUUAGCUAUUGAACUUGAUAAACAAGGUUUUAAUGUUUUUGCUGGUGUUUAUACUCCUGAAAGUGUAAUAUCUCUUAAAGAAAAACUUUCAUCAAAAGCGACGGUUUUUCGUCUUGACAUUACCAAAAAAGAAGAUAUCGAUGCUGCUUUUGAACUCGUCAACAAUAAGACAAAAGUUCUUCAUGCACUUGUUAAUAAUGCUGGUAUAGGUACUUUUGGGUAUAUUGACUAG